UAGCCACCUUGGAAGAUAGACAACAGCAUUAAGUGAUUGUCCUCGUUCUGUGGUUGCUGCGCUCACACAACACGGUAGCCGUGGAACUGGCUACACAGGAUCACCCAUCUAACAAACUAAAACAAAACUCAAUAAUCAGUAUCCAUAGUUAAUUCAUAACUGGGUGAAAGCAUUUCCAGAAAUCGAUAUACAUUACAUAUAUAACAUAUUAUUUUAAUCCAAUUGGCAACAAGGGAGAUUAACUUAAUUCCCACUUACAAUAACAUUAAUAAUACAAUUCCCGGCCACAAUCGCUGCGCUAAUUUCUGCCCCAACCCUGCCCCACCCCUCCUCCUGCACCACGCGCGCGUACGGGGCGCUGCUGAAUAUUCACGAGCCAAGGGGGGCGCGCCUCCACACCCUGGUUAAAUCCCGCACGCCGGACGCACGCGCAGCGCAUUCACGCUCUGCCACCACCACCACCAGCACCACUGUAGUCGACUCUGCAAGCCCCGUCCGCCCUCUGCAUAUUUCUGUGAUCGUGGUCUCGGCGCGAUCUCGUGGAAUCGGAUCGGAUCGGAUCGCAUUGGAUCGGGCCAGCAUUCUUCGAAGACCCAACUCGGAGCAUCGUCAGCUUGCCGUGGGAAUUUUUUUGGAGAAUUCGUGGCUCGCUGCUGCUACACUCGCCGACGCAGAUUGCAGCACCGUUCCGCAUCCACCCACGGGCCCUGAAUCCUCACCCCGCACGGAUUUUCCGCCGCCAUGGGCUCGGAGCACGUCUAUGCUCUGGACCGUGCGCUGGACGUGCAGAAGCUCCUCAACUGUGACGGCGUGGAGCAGGAGGACUGCAGCCUCUACCCCUUCAUGGCGCACACCGACACCAUCGACACGUGGAAGCGGUUCGAGCUGCUGCCCACACCGCCGCUCUCGCCGGGCUGCACCGACUUCGAGCACGAGCUCGGCUUCCUGUCCACGGACGGCUGGGACCCGGGCUCCGACUUGCUGCCUGGCUCCGACACGCUGGAACUCGUCUCCGAGUUCCUGAGGGAGCAGGAGGAGCAGGAGAGUGCCGAGGACUUCAUCAACGACCUGCUCGCGGAAGGGUCCACCGUGGUGCCGGGCCUGCGGCAGGACUGCAUGUGGAGCGCGUUCGACGCCAGGGAGCAGGCGGAGAGGGCGACGGCCGCGGCCGUCGAACAGCGGCGGCGGCGGCCGGAGGCGGCACAGCCGCCCAGCCUGGUGCACGAGGAGCCGGCCGUCCCGCCGCCCGACACCGGCCUGGCCGCGCCGGCGACUCCGGCCACGCCGACGACGCCGAGCGGAUCCGAGCCGUGCUUCCCCGAGCCGCUGAGCCCCCGCGUGAUGGAGCCGCCGAUCCCGUCGACGCCGUCGAGGUUCAGCCCCUGCCCAAGCCAGACGGAGACGGAACCCCCCACGGACUCGGGACACGCUGCUUUACCGCCACACGUGACCGCGCGCCGGCCUCAACCUCCCUCUCUCCGUGGCGCAGAGGAAGAGAUCGACGUGGUGACGGUCGACAAGAGGCAGCCCACGCCGUCGAGACGGCGCACGCCGUGCAGCGUCGCCGUCAACACCAACACGGCCGGCACGCGGCCGGCCCGCUGCGAGCCGUGGGGCGCCGUGCGGCACGGCUGCCACAUCCCCAUCCACCAGCAGCACAACUACGCCGCGCCCAGCCCGCCGAGCCCUCCGCCGGUCAAGCGACCCCGCUGGGGGGCCUCGUCGCCGGCGGCCGCCGCGGCGGCGUCGCGCUUCGCGGCGAAGCCCCGGCCGUCGGCGGAGCGGUGGGGCAGCCGAGGGCCAAGCAGCGCCAGCAGCAGCAGCAGCAGCGGCGGCUCGGACACUGAAGAGAGCGAGCGGCGGCGCACGCACAACAUCCUGGAGCGGCAGCGGCGCGACGGCCUGCGCUCGAGCUUCGUCACGCUGCGGGACUCCGUGCCCGAGCUGCGCGCCAACGAGCGCGCUGCCAAGGUGCUCAUCCUGCGCAAGGCGGCCGAGCUGGCGCGCUCGCUCGGCACGGACGAGCGGCGGCUGGAGGUGGAGAAGUGCCGGCAGGAAGCGAGGAGGAGGCACCUGCUCUCCAUGCUCGACAAGUUGAAGAAGUUCUCCUCGUGAUCGUGGCGCACGGACGGUCGGAGAGAUGAAUGGGAUGAACUCUGCAAAAAAAUCCCCAAUUCUGCGACGCCUUGAGGCGUGCUUGCAUUUUCAUUUACUUGACCUAAGGUGACAAUAUUUGCAGGGUGUGUGUACUGCUUUGAGUACGUUUCAAUAAGGCCGACGAGUUUAAUUUUUUUUUAUAAUGUAUCCUGCACUUUCUUUGUAAGCUGCUGCUUCACACUGAUUUCAUGCCGGAUACACCUCCGUCGGGGUUGCCUGACAUUACAUUUUCCACCGAUCAAGAGAAGAGGGCGCCCGCCCACCUAGCCGGGCACAGCGCUACGGCGCCGUUGUAACUCCGGCAGGCUGCCCUCCGCACGCUCGCGCCGUGCCCUCGCCUCCGGCAAAACCAAAUCCGGUACAGAUGCCCUGCUCGCCGUUUUUUUUAUACCUCUGCACAACUGUCACUUUACACUUUUUUUUUAAAUAAACGACAAUCAUCGGUUUCCUCCUCACUACCCCGCAGCGCAGCCAGCGCAGCGGGACCAUCAGGAACUGUUACUGCCUCGGCCGGGCCGCCAACCCGGGCGGGAAAAUCAACCCACAAUUUUACAUUUCCGGUUGCUUUUUUUCACACAUUGUUAGGGGUAUUUAAAAUGCUUUAUAUUUAAAACAACGUACCAAAUGUCGUAUGCCGCCUGUAUGCUUCAUUUGUUUUUAUAUAUAAGAAAAACCUGAGAAAUGUACCAUUUUUAUAGUUCACAAGUUAAAGAUUUUUUUUGAGAAUUUUUGUUUUUCUUUACUAAACAGCUUUUUUUAAAAAAUGACGGGCUGCAGUUUUUGAUGAAUGAAUCCCCCCACCCCCCGAAGCGAGGUAUGUGGCGUCGCAUUGGGCCCGUCUCGUGUGUGCUGUGUACACAAUGUAUCAAUCGCCACUACCACACGGACACUGCCAUUUGCAUUGUACAAUGCAACACAACAAUAAUAAAACAUUUGCUCACAUCGAAAGGCAACCGAGAGGAGACGAGCGAUGCUCAAAUCCACUAAACACCACAGUGCUGCUUUGCCCCCCCCCCCCCAUCACCUCCGAGAGGCUAGGCUAAAUAGGGUCAAUGAGCCCCGAAGCCUCACGCACAAGGGGGCCUCGCAACGCGAUGUCCUACCCCAGGUUUCUGGGAACCCCUGGGCGGGCCUUGCUUAGAUGGCCAGCUGCUGUGGCAACCGCACAUUGCUUUCUCGUGAGAUCAGCUGCUCCCUUUGCGGCGGCCUGUACACGCUGUGGUGGAACGAGAGGGCGCAGAGAGGGAGAGAGCCGAGGCGGCUCGUUGGUGGCUUGUUGGCACAUUGAGCCGAUCGCAGGGGAACACUAACUGGUUGUGAAGGUCACUCGUCCGCAAAGCAAGAAAAGUGAGCUGAAUAAUCGGUGGGCGCGUUGGUAAGACGCGUGUGGCUUCGUGCGAAUACUCAGGGCCAAUACUAUAGAUGCAAGGGCUUCUUUAAGAGCAUAUUUUAUUAAGAACGUAUUAUGUUUGCAGUUUUAUUUUAAUAAACCAUAAAAUCGUCGUUAGAUCAAUUUGAGCAAACGCACAGUUUUACUUGUCUGUUCAUUCACAAUUUGCUUCAAUAAUAAUAAAAAAAAAUCCUUGUGGCGUGAUGA